GAACAGGUGUCCAAAACAGGUGUCAGAAUGGAACUUCUGAUCAUUUUUUUAUGUUCUUUGUUGUUCUACCCUUCACAGAACCUGGAAGUCAAGGUAUCUCAAUCCCUUGAUGAAAAUGAUGAAAUAGUAAUGCAAUUUGUGUUAGACCGAAACAAACCAGAGAAUGAUUCAGUGAUUGGAGUGAAUAACUUUGACAAAGAGGAAAUGUAUCCUGUUGAUCGAAUUCUGAAGAUAAACAGUCAACUUGAAGGAAAACAGUUUGAAGAUGUGUCCAUCAUCUCUGGAGAUAUUGCUGUUUAUAAUCGUCUGGGUAAUGCAGACAGGUGUGCUUCCAGCACUUGUCGUUGGCCGAAAGCUAGAGAUGGAAAUGUUUACAUUCCAUACCGAAUUUCAUCAUCGUUCAGUCAAAAUGAAGUACAAGUUAUAGAAUGUGCGAUGAAAGGCAUACAGAGAAGUACCUGCAUUCGAUACAGACAACAUUCAAAAGAGAAAAGCUACAUUUCAAUUAAACCACUUGAAGGGUGCUGGUCCUUUGUAGGAAGACAACAUGAUGAACAAGAGCUCUCCCUUGGUGCAGGAUGUGUUUAUCAUGGCGUUGUCCAACAUGAACUUCUGCAUGCUUUGGGCUUUCAGCAUGAACAUUGUCGCAGUGACCGGGAUGACUUUGUUAACAUCUACCUCCAAAAUGUCGAAAGAGGGAAGGAAUACGCCUUUGCCAGAAUAGAUACUAAUAAUCUUGGAACACACUACGAUUAUGGUUCAAUCAUGCACUAUGGAAAGUAUGCCUUCUCUGUCAAUGGAAGGCCAACUGUUCUACCUAAACCAGAUCCAAAUAUACCAAUAGGACAAUACGUAGAAGUAAGUCAUACAGAUAUAAAGAAGAUCAACAAACUCUACAACUGCUGAAUACCCUGAUAUCACUGGUAACAAAUGGAGUCAUCUCUUGGACUGUAGAGUACGCUACUAACAGUGCUUUCACUCAUUACGAGAAACUCACUAAACAUGCUUUAUGAUUUUCACCAGUACUUUAUUAAGCAGAAGGAUGCAUAUCUUUCAAGACUAAUGAAUAUUGCUAUUCAUUAUUUUAUGGCUUCAAUUAAUAAACUGAUAUUCUAGCUUAGCCUAUAAAAGAUAUUGUCUCGUAUUU